CAAGGAGGACCAGUCAUGGAAAUGGACCAAGGGGAUGAGGUCGUCCCCAAUUCCACGGCGUUCACAGAUUAUCAGCGGCGAAUGUGGUACUCGUUGAGUCAGGGCGCUGUUUCAAGAUUUUACCACGAGAGGGUGGACGGGGGGAUAUACGUCAUCCGCAAGAUUGGCUGGAUCCCCUUGACCUUCUACUGGACAAUGUGGAUCAACACGACGGUCAAGGUCAGCUACCUGCUGCUCAGCUACAACGGCUGGCUGGGCGUGGAGGUACACUUCCUGGACCAGAUGAGCAUGUGGGACUGGUACUUGAGUACGACUCACAUGGUUCAAGAGCAGAUCUUGUGGUACUCAAAGUACCCCAUGUACGAAAUCCUGCAUCGCCAGUGGUCACUCCAGGAGAGCAUUUUCUCCAAGAUGAGCUGUCCUCCCAGAGUGGCGAGUUCUAUUCGGAGGACGGAUCUUAUCAACUCGGUUUGCUACCCGUUCGUCGUGUUUACGGGAACCUUCGCCUUGUCCGUCCAGUUCUUUUACACCCCGAACUAUGCCCUCAACACGUAUGCGCUCAUUCCGCCAGCCUGGGACAGUUGGUGGUUGCAGGUCAUAUUCUGCGUUCACGAAUGCCUCUUCAUGUACCAUGCCUAUGCUUAUCAGGCUUGCACCAUGGUGGUUGCCGAGAGCAUGUCAACCUCGUACCAACACUUGCUGGAGGAUAUGACCAAGACGGUGUACAAGCUGAUCGAGACUGGGGAGCUGCGCCAGGACGAGACGUUCACAAGACGGGGACGCAAAGAAGUCCCUCCGUCGGCAACAUCGCGGCCACCCACGCAGGAGCAGCAGGGCGGGAGGAAGAGUGCCUUCCGUCGUCAAAUGAUGACGGACGGCGGGGGUGUGGCGAGUGGCGUGUACCGUCGGAAACCCAUUCGUCGUUAUCUUAAUCCCACGUCGAAAGCGCCCGGAACUCGGUACGACAUUUUAGGCCUGAUUAAUGACUACAGAAACAUUAUGCUCUGCGUGAACGAGCACAACAAAUGGAUCGGUCGUUUGAUGGGAGGUGCGCAAGCGGCAAAUUAUGCACAGUUUGUGUCCGAUGUCUUUAUGAUGAUACAGCUACUGAAAGAGCCAAAUUUUGAUUUUCUGGGCAUUUCAUUCUACGUGAUGGAUGCUUGUUUUGGGAUGUGCAUGUUGUUUCGCAUGCUUAUCAUUUUGGCACGGUUGGUCCCAGCCUCGGACGAGUUUGUCCAGUCGAUCCGCUGUUACGUCAUGUACGAGACGCCUCUUCGGGGCUACAUUCUCAAAGUUCUGCCCACUCUCAAACGCGUGUCUGCAAAGCUGACUGGCUACUCGGUCCGACCCCAAUCUGUCCCCGUAGGUGUCAACGUCCUUAUCAAUUGGUACAUUUGUGCCGCCAUGUGGAAACGACCCGACGACCCAUCCAGGAGGACUUGAAUAAUUCUCCAGGUCCCCGUAGUAAAUAUAGAUACGUAUUAUUGCUUCUUUACUGCAUGUUUAAGUACAAGAAAUUCAGAACAAAUAAAACGAUGAAUAAUAACAGAA